AUGUCUUACGAGCUAUCCGGGUUCCGACACAAUGCAGUGACGCCGUUCGGCAUGCUUCGUCCGGUUCCAAUCAUUCUGAGCAAAUCGAUUACGGAAAUACCGGAGCAGGGUAUUUAUUUGGGAGGCGGCGAAGUGGAUUUGAAGCUGUGGAUUAACAUUCCGGAGUUCAUGAAGCUGUAUGAGCCGUUUGUUUUGGAUUGCACGAUUCCAAAGGAAGGGAAAAGCGAGGAAAAAGAAGCGUUUGAGUAA